GUCGCAACAAUGUCGAUGUUGUGCAAAUGCAAUAUGUGGCACAACAGCGAAUAUAUUCCAGAUGGAGAACAUUGAAAUGUUGGAGGUUCUCCAAGCAGUGAGUGGGAUCAAUUUCGUGAAUGAUCCGGGUCUUCCCAGCUGCAUAUGCGUUUAUUGUUUACACGAUUUGGAUCAGACAAUCGCGUUCCGAGAUCGCAUUCGGACCCAAGCGAACUUGCUGCAGCAGCAACGUCGUGAAAAAUCUCCGUCCAAAAUAUCAAAGUGGCAUAUGCCAAAUGUGGACGAGGACAAGCCCUCGGAUGAUGUUCACGUUUCCUUUGAUGGGAAGGAAGACUUGUCUUCUGGAUUUCCAGAAUCGCAUGAGAAUUCAGACUCCUUGGCUCCGCGUCUGAAAGAGGAGCCAGACGAGGAAGAGAAUAAACAACAAAUAUACGCUGAUGAUCGCGACUCCCCGAUGAGAUCCCGACUAAAGGAGCUAGAAGAAAAUAAAUUCGGCGACCAAACACCGGAUGCUGAUUAUAAUGCAAAAGUACAGUUUGAUGACUCCCUGAUUGCGAGUCUGAAAAAGGAGUUGGAAGAAGUUGAUUUCACCGAAAGUGAUGCUAAUAAGACAUCACAGCCUCGGAAACUCUCAAACAGAGGGUCCAACUCUAAUAGUCCAACUUCUUUGCCCACUGAAAGUAAGCAACGCAGCUUAGCGGAGAAGACAAUUGAAUGCGCAGUCCUGAAAAAGAAGAAGAAAGGAAGAACGGUCGAGAAAUCAUUUAAGUGCAAGGCCUGUUCGGAACAAUUUUUGACUCCUGGCAUCAGAAACCGUCAUGAAAGAGUUAGUUGCCCAGUGAUUAUGGAAACGCUCACGGAUGAUAAACGAUUCAAGUGUAAGCACUGUUCGAAACACUUUUCGAGUUCUGGCAACAGAAAACAUCAUGAAAGAACUCACUUAACGUUUUCCUGCGAGAUUUGUGGCAUGGCAUUCCGCUAUAAGUAUUGGUUGAAAUUGCAUCUUUCGAAUGUCCACAAUCAAACGGGGGAAAAUACCUUUCAAUGCGAGCCUUGCAAGAAAACGUUCUCACGUAAUCACCAACUAGAGAGACAUCUCGCCACGAUAGUCCACCAGCAAGCUGUGAAAGGGCCCAAUGCUAUACGAAAAAAGAGAUAUACUACGCAUAUAUAAUGCUAGAUCAACACAU